UUCUAGCCCGUCUAGAUUGCGAGAGACGACGCUGAUGGGGGGCUGAAAGGGGGAUUCAUGGUUGCAUUUCCGUCGCUUGAGCUUCUACAUAUCUGUUGCCCAAUGGGAACUGCGCUUGUUGUUGUCCGCGUUAUGUCGCUUGUUUAGCCCAUGGUCCCAUCAUCUCUGAUGAUUCCAAUGCCACCACCGCCUCUUGUACUACUGCAAUCAAGCAUGCUUCUUGCGUUGGUCCUCGCGCUUGCUAGGUUUCGUCCGGUCAACAAAUCCGCGCGGGCGGUGCCGCGAAGGAUGGGACAGCACCAUCGGACUGAGACUCUGAUGCAUACUUACAUGCAGAGUUGUUCCACACCCCCCUUGGACAUCAUGUAUGACUUGGCUGCACCGUCAAUCGCUCAAUUGCAUCAAGCUUUUCUCCACUCCGGCCUGACGCACUUGCUUGUCUUUGCCAUAUCAUCAAGCAAGGACUGGGAUCACGAUGAAGGGGGUGGCGUGUUUACGGGAUAGCCCGCUCUUCUAGCUAUGCGUUUGUUGGUUGUGACCUGCAGCUAGAAUGAGUUGUGAUGAACCCAUCCAUCAACUAGUCUCCGGUGAGGUAUUGCCGAUGAUCGUCUGUACAACAAUGUUGCUAGUUUGCUGAGCACAUGCCGCGGCCGCGUUUACGGCCCCCUGAUCUCGCUGUCUGCCUUUGAUCUCCGCCUCGCUGCAAGGUCGAAACUAUCGAGCUUCCCAACAAAGACCACCUAGGUUUGUGGCGGCAUGUAGGUGACUGCUAA